AUGAUGGCCGCUGGCAGUGGCAGUAGCCUCUUCGACGACAUCACCGCCCACUCGGGCGGGGGCGUGAAAUUCGUGCAGGAGAAUGCGGUGCUCGCUGCCGUCAACGAGACGCUCGCCUCUCAGCAGCUCGGGCCGUCACCGGUUGCCUACAUGGGCGUGCUCAUGAUGUCGCUCGAGGCGGCGCCAGCGCAGUCGCCCGCCGCCGGCGCCAUCCUCACUCUGCUCGAGCGGACGCUGGCCGCGGUCCCCCCGGCGCUGCUCGCGUCCAAGGGCGCGCGGAUGGGCCAGAUCGUGGUGGGCGUCUCCAACGCCAAUGUGGACACGCCCGCCGUCCUACGUCCGGCGCUGCUCUGCGUCCGGCGCCUCCUCCUCGCGCUGCCGCCCCGCGCGCCCGACGCGGCCAAGCUCUGGCGGUGGCUGCUCGCGUUCACGGCGCACUCGCACCCCAAGGUGCGCCAGCGCGGGCAGGCCGCGUGCGCUGAGGUCCAGCCGGUGCUGCACCUCCUGCACUUUCUGCACACCGCGGCGCGCCACCUCGCCGCCGCCGACACCGCCACGCUCGCGGCCUCCGUCCUCGCCCUCCCCAAGCUGGGCCACCCCUUGCUCUCGCGCUCCGCCGUCGCCCUUCUCAAGGCCGCAGCGGAGGGCGACGGCGACGGCCGCGCGUUGCCGCCGCCGGUCCUUGCCGCCGUCAUCGAUUCGCUGCUCCACACAGCUUGCGGCGAGCUGUUUGCGGCGGCCGGGCCGACGUCGCUCCCUGGUUGCGAGUCGCUGCUGACGGGCAUGCGCGACCUGUACGACGACCAGCGGCUCGGCGAGGCGCGCGGCUCGCUGAUGGCUUCACUCGGGCUCGCGGCGCGCGCCGUUGGGCCGCGCGCCUUUGUCGAGCGGCUGCCGAUCAAGGUAUCGACGAGCGACGGCGGCGAGGACUCCUCGUGGCUGCUCUCCGUGCUGCGAGGCCACGUGGCUCGCGCGACGCUCGACUUCUUCGCGGCGUACUUCGUCCCGCUCCAGGCGUGGCUGCUCGAGCGCGCCGCGGCGCUCGGCGCCGACGGGCGGACGGUCGAGCAGAAGAACCUGCACAACCUGCACGAGCAAGUCUGGGCGCUGCUCCCCGGCUUCUGCGCGAGUGCCGACGACGUGGCGUCCUCCUUCCCCGCGCUCGCCAAGACGCUCGGCACCGUGCUCAACGAGCGGCCCGAGCUGCGCCCGCCCUACGCCAAGAAUUUUCUGCCGCUGCUCUUCAACCUGCACCAGGCGGAGCCCGCGGAGAAGCGCGAGCCCAUCUGCGAGGCGAUCGGCGCGUACGCGCACGCGGCGCCGCCGGCGCUCCUCUCCGACUUUUUCCGCGACGUGCUGCGCAAGCUGCUCGAGACGGCGGCCGCGGGCUCCGCGGCCGAUUCGCUCGAGCAGCAGGGCUCGCUCCUCGACCUGCUGCUCGCGCUCGCGCCCGCCCUCUCCCCCACGGAGCACGCGCCCCUCCUCUGGCGGGCGGUGCGGCCGCUGCUGUCGCACAACAGCCCGCUGCUGCAAAAGAAGGCCUACAAGGCGCUCGGCACGCUGGCCGAGCACCACCCGUCCUUCCUCACCGAGCGGCUGGCGGACGUCACGGCCGCCUUUGACGAGGCGCUGCCCACGUGCCACACCGCGUGCAAGCGGCGGAGGCUCGUCUGCCUCCAGGCGCUUGUGAGCCGGCUGUCUGCGGAGCAGCUGCGCAGCGCGAUGCCGGCGAUGCUGGGCGAGGUGGUGCUGGCAACCAAGGAGUCGAAUGUCAAGUCGCGCGCCGCCGCCUUCGACGCGCUGCUGCUCGUCGCCGAGCGCGCCGAGGCGGCGGGCGGGCCGAGCGAUGCUGGGAGGGAGGAGGCGCUGCAGGGGGUGGUGGUGGCGGUGUGCGCCGGCCUCGCGGGCAAGACGCCGCACAUGGAGGUGGUGCGAGCCGCGGUGGUCCUGGUCAAGGUUCAGCUGUCGGCGCUGCCGCGCGAAGCGGUCCAGCCGUUGCUGCCGCGGCUGGUGCCGCCGCUGCUCGGCUGGUGCUCCAACAAGCAUGCGCACCUCAAGUACCAGGUGCGCUACCUGAUGGAGCGGCUCGUCAAGCGCUUCGGCCUCGAGGUGAUGACCGAGGUGACGCCCGAGGAGCACCAGCGGUUGCUCACGCACAUGCGCAAGCAAAAGGAGCGCGCGAGGCGGCACACUGACGCGCGCCUCGCCGCCAAGGCGGAGCGCGAGGCGGCCGAGGCGGCCGAUCUCGACGGUGGCGGCGCACGCAGCCGCCACGCCGAGUACGAGGCUCUCCUCGAGGACGGCGACCAGGAGGAGGAGGAGGGCGGCCACGGCCACGGCCGCGGCGCGGCCGCAGGCGGUUUGCGCGAGACGUUUGCGGACCAGUCCGAGAGCGCGGCGUCCGUCGACUUACUGACGGCGCCGCUGGCGGGCGCUGCCGAGCGCAAGCGCAAGCGGCGGCGCGAGCCGGACGGCAAGAUCCGCGUCGCCGGGGGAGGGGGGACGCCCGUUGGGGCCGCAGAGGAGGACGAGAUGGAGGUGGACCCUGAGGACGAGAUUGUGCGUUUGGGCAAGGUUGCGAAGCGGAAGCAGACGGGCUCGCGCAAGCAGCGGGGCGCCGGCAAGGGGCGCGCCACCUUUGGCGCCAACUUUGGGGACCAGUACGCUGGCCGCAAGGGCGCGAAGGGCGACGUGACCAAGCCGGGCGCGCUGCAGCCGCACGCGUACUUGCCGCUCAACCCGCGGAUGCUCGGCCGCAAGAACAAGCGCGCCUCGGCAGAGACGGCGGCGCGCCUCGUCGCUGGGGGGCGGAGGAACAAGGGCGGCGGCAAGAAGCGCGGCUAG